CAUGCCGAAUUCAUGGAGGCUCAACCUGGAGGAAGGGGCCGAGCUUCUCGGACCGCGGUGGGUUUCUAUAAGAGUGACGGGGGGGGGGGACUGGAGACGCAUUUCCAUAGAGCAGCACCGGCGCAGCAAGCAGCAGCUGCUCUGCCUUUAGGUCAAGUCGCGGAGCAGAGAGCGCAGCUGCCCCCAUCCUGAAGCCAAAGGAGAACACACACUUUUUUUUCAUAGACCUCCUUCCUCCGAGACUUUACACACACGUUUUCCCACAAACUCUUUCGUUUCAUGUCGAUCGGCGGGGACGGCGCUCGCGGACAGUGCUUCAUCUGAAGACGCCGGCGUCCCGAACGCGGCAUGAAGUGACCGAGCCCGCGAUCCGAUCGAUCGCAUCCUUCCUUGUGUGCGCGCGCGCCGGUGCGACUGCGAGCCCGCAGCCUAACUAAGUUGCGCUUCCCAAAAGAAAAAAAAAAAAACUUCUCUCACAUCGCGUAUGCCCAGCGUAGCCGAAGCGGUCACACCGACCGGGGCGACUUUUUAAUAAUUCUCGUGCUAAAGUGAGCUUUCCCGGGUGUGUCGGGCGCUGGACUGGGCCGAAGGCAGCGGCGGUGCUCAAUGCAAAAGUACAUGUAUGAGAAGGCGAUGGCUCCCGAGGCGCGGAACGGCGGCAGCGCGGCGCUCGGCACCCCCGGCGGCGUCCACAGCAACAGGAGGAGGCUGCUCAUCUGCCUCGACGUCUUCUGCCUCCUUCUAGCUGGCCUGCCUUUCCUGAUUAUUGAAUCUAGCACUGUCAAGCCCUACCGGCGCGGGUUUUACUGCAGCGACGAGUCCAUCAAGUACCCGUACAAAAACGGAGACACCAUAAGCGAUGCUGUGCUUUGUGCUACUGGUAUUCUUAUUGCCAUCUUUUCUAUAAUCAUUGGGGAGUGCUACAGGAUUCACUACCUGAACGAGGGCUCAAAGUCCUUCGUGGGCAACCCCUAUGUCUCCGCUCUUUACAAGCAAGUGGGCGUCUUCUUGUUUGGCUGCGCCAUCAGCCAGUCCUUCACAGACAUUGCUAAGGUGUCAGUGGGCCGCAUGCGGCCCCACUUCCUGGAUGUGUGCAACCCAGACUUCUCCACCAUCAACUGCUCCCUGGGCUACAUCACGGACUACAAGUGCCGGGGACCAGAGAACAAAGUUCAGGAGGCAAGAAAAUCCUUCUUCUCUGGACAUGCUUCCUUCUCCAUGUUCACCAUGUUGUACCUGGUGUUAUACCUGCAGUCCCGCUUCACGUGGCGCGGUGCCCGGCUGCUGCGACCCCUGCUGCAGUUCACGCUCCUCAUGAUGGCCUUCUACACCGGCCUGUCACGAGUCUCUGACCACAAGCACCAUCCGACCGAUGUGCUGGCGGGUUUUGUGCAGGGGGCCCUGGUGGCCUACUGUGUGGUAUUCUACGUGUCUGACCUCUUCAAGCCCAAACCCAAGACCAGCGCUUCGCCACCCACCCCCAUCAAGAAGGAAUUGCUACCUUCAACAGACAUGAUAGACAGGAACAACCAUCACAACAUGGUGUAAGGAUACACUGCCUCGGGACAAUCUGAACCACACAAAGAACAGACACCUGUGACUGAUGACCAGCAACGAUCCUGCUGCUCACUCUCCUCAUCUGACAGUAGAAUGUAGGGAAGAAAGACAAAUGAUUCCUGCAGAUAAGUCUUUUUUUAAAACAGUAUCUUCAUUAGAGCCCUGUUAGAGGUAAGCUCUCAAACAUGAAGGGAAGUUUUGACCCUUUAUAUGCUGUAACUCUUUGGCAUUGCUUGGAAUAGAUUCCUUCUUGGGCCCAGUGAAAUAACCACACAAUCAGGAAAAAUCCUACAUAAAAAUACACUAUAAACAAUGAAAUAGGGGGUGAGGACUCACAACAGGCUCCAGUUUUCUCCAGGACAGAACCAGUUUUGAACUCUCUGUCUUUGUGGCCUUGCAUAUUGGACAACAAAUUCCUUAGCAAUAGGAAUGAUAUUUUAUCUGCAACGUUAGCAGAAAGGCAUAUUAACAAUAUAUGUAGUGCAAGCGUAUUAACAGUAUAAAAUUACUUAUACCAUUAUAUUCAAGCUAAUUUUCAGAUGUCACAUAUGCAGUUUGGAAGCAAUAACAAUAUAAAAGGCUAGCUGAUGUCUUUGAGACAGGGUUUUUUGUCCUCUUUCAGGAAAACAGGGAUGCCUGGCACUACUUAGUCCCUUGUCACCAUAAGGAAUUGGCUGUAUCUUUAGAACUACUGCCAAUAAAGUUGCAGUGUAGGUUUAAUUAUGGAUGUACUUUCAUAAUCAGCCCUUUGGGCAGUGCCAUUAGUGAUCAGCUCAGUGGGCCUGCCCCAUGGGAUUUGGCAUUUCUACGGGGAGAAAGGAGGACAGGGUCUGUUGGAAGGGGGAUGGUGGAUGUGAGAAUACAAAGACCCCUUUGCUGUAGGUCACCAGCAGUAGCACAGAGCUGUGGCUGUGCCACGCAGUACCUGUGUUGGGACUUUUGUACCACAGUGGCUUUGGGCCUUUUGGCCAGUAAUGGGUUAAUGGUGGGGAGGUGAGGCUCUUUCGGUCACAGGCUAUUGGGAUCGACUCCCAGGCCGAACAGGCACAUGUUGGCCAUGGGCUCUUUCCGCUGGCUGGGAGGAGCCCCCACUUGCCCAGUCACUAGUGUGUGUUGACGUACCUCCUCACCGGUGGUGUGUGUAGAUUGGCCUCAGGCAAGUCGGCUCUCUACCAACACUUUCCAAGUGCGGAGUGUGCGUCACUAUGCAGCUUUGACAAGUCCAAGGCUAAGGACUGUUAUUAUGUUAUUGAAAAAUAAAGGAAAAAAACUGUGGAUUUUAAGAAAUUUCUUUGUUAGUGAAUGCUUCUAACAUUUUUUUAAAUAUUGUUCAUUAUAACAAUAACAAUGUACAGUUAAUCUAGUUCACAUUUCACAGUACAGUAUACGCAAAAAAAACCCUGAAAACAACACUUCAAUAUGUUGCACAUCCUUAUUGUUUAGUCCGUCCUAUCAUUUCAACUGCAGCAAGCUGUUUUAUUUUUUGUAACAAAUCUAUAAAUAAUGUAUAGAACACUAAAAAUGAUCUCUGUAAAAUAUUAUUCUUGAACCUUUUUAGAUAUAUCCACUAUGAAUAAAAAAGUUUGUGUUGUGACCUGUGUUAUCUACAAAGUGCUGCUUAAAAAGCAUUGAUUGACAAAUUUUUGUAUUUAGUGAACUAAAAUAUUAUGGAUUUGUAAGGAGCAUAAAGAAGAUUACACCAACAGUUGUAUUAAA